AGAGAGCAGUGUUAAGAGAGACUGUACUCUCUCUACUAAAGUUCUGAAAUCUUCAUGGUUCAAUAUGUUUGAUUGUGAAUAACUUGUGUAAAUCGGAGAAGUGAUGUUAUUAUAAGCGAAGAUAAAAAGAUGAAUUUGAUAAGCAUGAAAUAAACAGUGUUUUUCUGAAAAUGUGCUUUACUAUGGCAAAAUAAAACAUAAACCACUUUGAUAGAAACGCUCAAAUAAAUUGUUUCAAAGAGUGAUAAACUAUUCUGCUGCUUAAUGCGGUGUUGGAUGACUCUAAGCAAUAACACAAGAGAACUAUUGAAUUUUAGGUUGUAAUUGAGAUGCCUACGAGUUAAUUUGUUUUUUAACGGUAAAAUGCUGCCAAAAUUUGUAUAAAAAACCAACAAUCCUCCAGAGAUAUAGAUGAUAGUUUGCUAAACCCAACGGACAAUUGCUGAUAACGCUUCGGAAAAAAUGCAUGUAAGGUUCUACAGCUAUUGAAUCAUCAGUUCCAAAUUGAUUUCAAUGAAAAUAAAUGAAAAUGUUGAAGAUGGAUGACUACAACUCACAUGUUGAUGAAUCAAACGUCACAUUAUCAUACGAUAAUUACACAUCAUCCAUCUUUUCGAUUAGCACUGAUUUUAUCACACAAUGGAAAUUAAAGCGCAAGCAGGAGAAAAACUGUAAAUUAUUUUACAAGCGGCUCAACUUAUUACAUUAUGCUAAGUGUCAUCAUUUAAUAGAUGUUCCAAUCGACAAACGCUUAGUGGAAGUUGGGAGAAAGCCCCACACAGCAAUAAAUGUUAUCGAACACAAUCCCUACUUAAGAGGAAGUUUUGACGACGUAUGGGAUUGGUUAACAUCUGGUAAUUUAAGCCGUUGGGGAUGGAUGAAUGAAUCUAGUUUCAGUUUCAGUAACGACACAAAUAAUACCUCUACAUUAGAUUCAUAUCAAAACAUAGCGAACAAUCAUUCUAGUUUCUAUCGAACAACAAAUCAAAAUGACUACAUGUCACAAGUAUUACCACCUUUCGAAAUAUGGCAGACAAUACUUAUAGCGAUUUGUUUAGCAAUUUGCAUUAUUCUAACAAUUGGUGGGAACAUAUUAGUCUUAUUAGCAUUUAUUGUAGAUCGUAGCAUUCGACAACCGGGCAAUUAUUUCAUUGCCUCGUUGGCAGCAACAGACAUGUUAAUUGGAACAGUUUCGAUGCCAUUCUACACCGUUUACGUGCUUAUGGGAUAUUGGGAUUUAGGACCUCUACUAUGUGACCUGUGGUUAUCGGUAGACUACACAGUUUGCUUAGUUUCUCAAUAUUCAAUUUUAUUGAUAACAAUAGACAGAUUCUGUUCUGUAAAAAUAGCAGCAAAGUAUCGGAGUUGGCGAACAAAAAGCAAGGUAAUAUGGAUGGUUACCAUAACAUGGAUUAUACCUGCGUUGUUGUUUUUCAUAUCCAUCUUUGGAUGGGAACAUUUUGUCGGUUAUCGUGAUCUAUUGCCAGGACAAUGUGCAGUACAGUUUUUAAAGGACCCAGUGUUCAACACCGCUCUUAUAAUAGGCUAUUAUUGGACCACACUCGUUGUAUUGUUUGUGCUGUAUGGUGGGAUUUACAAAACUGCGUAUGAUAUGCAAAAAAAAAGUGAAGCAAAACAGCGAAAAAUGCAGUCGAUGGUUGCACUAAGUAGCGCCAUGACGGGUGUUGCCGGUCGGGCUGCUGGGAUUGGAAUUUCAAAAACUCCGAAUGCGCUUCUCAAUACUGACAAACUUGCUACUUCUUGCCUAGUCUCUGGCCAAAGCAUUUGCAGAGAACCAUCAAACAAUUAUAAUGAAUACCCAAAAACUGUGCAGAGUCGAAUAUUGAAAUCUACAUCGGGAGAGAAGCGAAAUAUGAGUACUCAGUUAUCUAUGCCACAAAGCAGUACCAAUUCAAACUCAAAUGUAGUUGCUGCACUAGGUAAUGAAAGAAGCUAUCCAUUUUGUAAUACAUACAACAGUACAUCAAUGACCAUAUCUAAAGAAGAUGGUACGGAUGUUGACAAAAGCGAACGCUCCAGUAGCCCUGGAUUCGAUUCAGACGAUGAAAGUGCUCCUCACGCUACAGUAGAACUGGAAAAGCGUAUUAAACCCAAUGGAAAACGCACAUCACUGGCGGGGUUGUUGGUUGGUGCUGCCUCAGUAACUGUUCUAUCUUCGCGAUACCAGCAGAGAGAUAGUUCUGUAACUACUGUCGAAGCACAAGAUCCUGAUUUAAGCCUUCAACAAUCCAAGAGACCAGUUAAACGUGGAUCAGAUAUUCUUCCGAAAAUAAGCGAAUUAGGGGACUUUAGCAAAAAGAACGACGAUUGUUUGGUUUACUGCGAAAAGCAGGAGAAAAGCGACGUUGCUUGUCCUAAACCAAUUCCGCUCGUAUCAACUUUAUCAUCUACAUCUGCCGAAUAUAUGCCAAAUAUGAUAGUUACACCAUCCUACGGUUUCCAAAUAAAUGUACCUUUUGAGAACGCUUGUUCAAACGAACAACCAGAUUGCAGACGAAAGAGAUUCGAUGGCGGAUAUGACGCGCUGGCCGGCAUGGAUGGGGCUGACUUGAGAUUUAUGGACGAAAGUCAAGAAUUGGCACAGGCAAUAAAGUACCCCAUGGUUGUUGAUCGUAGUAUUAACCAAACAGUAAUUCCUACAGGAUCAUCAACUCAUUGUCAAGACCAAAAUUAUGCUAAUCCUUCACUUUUGCAAAAAGCAUUAAUGCAAGCCACAGCAUGCUCUCAGCAACCACCCCCGACUGUUCUCAUUCACACCUUACACAUGGAUAACGAAGAGACGUGGGGAGAUCUAUGCGAUCGGUCAUCUGAAAAUACUACAAUCCAGGAAAGUGCUAAAAUACCCAAGAUUGCAACUAUGAACACGUUGCUCCAAUGCUCUGAUUCGAAACAAGAAACUUUGAUUAAAAAUUCAGAAGAACAACCAAAACUGCUUGAACCAUCCAUCAUUACAUCCAACACAGAUGACACUAAAGCAGAUACUCUGCUAAAUGACACUAGCAGUAAGAAGGAAGUGUCCAGCAAUACCACUAAAUACAAUAACCAAGAAGUGUUCAAUAAGCAAGGGUUGCUUCAAUCAAUUGGUAUGAAAUUAAAGGGCAGCAACAGAAAGUCUGCAGCAGUUGCGUUCAUGGGUAUAGGUCGGCAGAAGUCCAAAUCCGAAAAUCGUGCACGAAAGGCUUUCCGUACAAUAUCAUUCAUAUUGGGUGCCUUUGUUGCUUGUUGGACGCCCUAUCACGUUUUAGCAUUAGUAGUAGGGUUUUGUUCUAAGCCUCCCUGUGUCAAUGAACACCUAUUCAUGUUUUCUUAUUUUUUGUGCUAUGCAAACAGCCCUAUGAAUCCAUUUUGCUAUGCUCUAGCUAAUCAACAAUUCAAAAAAACUUUUACUCGCAUAUUGCGAGGAGACCUACAUGUAACAUAGGUUAAUAAAUUUGGGCAAACAGUAAUCACAUUAAUUUAAUUUAUAACACGGCAAGUCGAUGUCAACACGCAUUACAAAAAGGUACAUGAAUAUUAGGAAGAUCAUUUUUGAAACACAUGAAUCGUCCAUGUACGGGACAAUAAAACUACAAUAAGCUUAUGGGAUGUUAUUCUUGUACACUUUUAAUAUAACAUACUAUAUAAUUAGGAAAUAUUUGUUCGUUGAAUUGAAGUUCAUCAUUAACGACAUAUUCAUUAAUAUCGAAUCAUAUUUAGUAAUUGCAAAUUCCAAAAAAUUAAAGCUCAUACCAAUGGCAUGCAUAGCUUUCGUCCUUUAAUCUUGCGUUAAAUGACGGUACAGGGUGGUUUAGUGGGUGGUACCACACUGUUCCUGGUGUCUUUGCCCAGGUUCGUACAUUAGUAUUCCACUAAGAUUGUAAAAUAAAAAAAAAAUAAAAAAAUUACGGUACACAGUAAAACACAUGGAUAUAGGAAAAUAAGAAUCAAACAUAGGGCCUGAUGCCGCAAUGCCUACACGCCAGAACCAAAAACCUUCAUUCUGUUUCAAUAGUUCUCACUAUGAAAAAUUUGUCGUGUGGAAUUACGGCUUCAGGCCCAUAAUCUUGAGCUAUACCUAUUAAGAUGUUUCAUAAGUAAUUACACCUUUUCCCUACAGAUUACAGAGGUUACUUUUUAGCGAUUUCUGGCAAAGAUACACAUUUUUAUUUUCGCAUUUUUUUCGUACGUCCACGUACGUAGUUUACUUUUAGGAUAGGAAAAAAGUGCGAUUAAUUGAGAGUUCAAAAUGGAGUCCGAAAACAAGCAUAUUCGACACAUUCUAGCUUAAUAUUUGUGAACAAGAAAAACCACCACGCAUUGAAAAACUGUGUGUUGAGCAUGGAAGGGAAUCAUGGGCAGACAGUUGGUGUCAAAAUAACUUUGGCAAAUUCCAUUCUGAAGAUAUUUUAUUAAAGAUUAUGCCAAGCUUCAGUUGUCCGAGUGAACUAAACCAUGAUGAAGUUUGGGCAUUAAUCGAGGAUGAUCGUCAUAGAACAUUGCAUUAGAGUAAAGAAACAUUAAACAUAGUAACAAUAAUAGACAGAUUUCAUAUAAAGUGUCUUAGGCUCGUAAAGCAACUUAAUAGCUGGGUGCAUUGAAAUUGAUAGAAAUUCAUUUCACGAACCACCUUAACCCUCAUCGGUCCCUCCAGAAUUGCAUCGAAUCGGUUCUUUUGUAUGCGCGCGCAUACACUCAUUUUUCCAACCUGUUCCAAAAAAUCCAAAACUAAAACUAAUCACUUCUGAUAUUUUUUAUUUAUUCAUUGGAAUGUUCUUUAUCGAAAAAAAAUUACUACAAGUCAAUAAUUCUUAAAAUACUGUAGUAAAAUUGGCAAUUAUAAAAUCAUGUUUUUUGAGAAAAAUGCGAAAACCGUGAAAAAGUACAUUUUUCAAGUGUUUCCUAAUUUUUUUGGCACAUUUCUUGCAAAUAUCAUGUCGAUGGUUAGCACAAUCAAAUUUUGCACACUUUCACAACGUGCAGCAAAAAAAAUUUGGUUAGUUUAGUAUGUGCAGACUUGACAACGGCCGAUUUUGGGUGUUGGUGUCAAAUGGCGAAUGGGACGAACAUUAUGAGAAACAUUAGCAGCAUCACUAUCAGUCGGUUUUGUUUUGCGUCUUACUAUGUGUGAAUCAACAAAAGCCAUUCCCAAUGUUUCGAUAAACAGCCGACGACAAAUAUUAUGGAUGCUUUUUUAUUUUUUUUCAGUCCGAAAACAAUUCGGCGAGCGUAAUAAUAGCAUACUCAUAUUGCAUACUACAGAGCCAUUUGCCAACGAUUUAUUUUUCAUUUGCAAGUAAAGGUUCUAGCCCAUUGGUCCAUGGUGUCAAUUCUUCCUUUAGUCUUCUUGCAAUUACUCAACUAAGUUUGGCUUUUUUCUUUUUUCAUGAUUGUUGAUACCCACAGCACUAUAGAACAUGCUCGCCAAAGUAACAAAUUGGUAAUGACGGGGGAUAUACGGCAACAUAAUGGCUAGUAAUUUGUGGUCAUACAUAGCUUCAGUAGAAUAUAAUAGCUUUGUGCGCAUAUCAACCAAGGCUAAUAGAAUUGCUUUUUUAUUUUCAGUAAUCGUUCCCAAAGCCAUACGAAUUUUAUUCAAUUCUUCAGCCAAAUCAUAUGAAAUAGAAAUUGUCGCAAGUUACACUUUGAUCGGACAUUCUUUUUUUUGUCAAAACACAAAACAAUGGCGGCCUAAGUUGCUUUUGGGAGUGGUGUAUCGAUCACGACCAUUAUAAAUUUGUGUAUUGUGUGCAUACCAUCUUUUGAAACACAUAAACCAAAUUUGCCAUGCCAUAUUUGGCAGAUUUUGAUGCAAUAUAUUCACGAAACGGAGACCAUCCACGAAAUGGAACAAACUGUUCAUCGACUGUAACAUUUUUUCCUGGUUUGUAGAUAGUGUUCAAAUUAUUAUUGCACCUUUAGAACACAUUUCUGAUCGAUCAGAAUUUAUCAUAAAUCAAACAUUCCUCUAGAUCAUCAUAUCGGAUGCAACCAUGAAAUCGCUUGAAGGUUUAUAACGGCGUCGUAGCUCCAAAUAUUGCUCGAUCAGUUUGAAAUUUGAGCAACACGUUCACCAUACCUGACAAGAGAUGUUUUUUACCUGAAAUCAUUUUUUCAGAGCUUCAAAAAUGAUUUUUUUCGGCUAAAUACAUAUGGUGGACGUAUGUGUAUGCGAACGCAUACACAGGAACCGAUUCGUAACUAUUUCUGCUCAGGCGAUACUACACAUGCCUAAAAUUUUUGAGUGAUAUAUUUCUAUUCUAUGAUCAAAAUAAAUCUAUUUUGAAGAAAUUCAGAAAAUUUCAUCGAGCCGUUUUUGAAUAAUUUGAUUUUUUCGGACCAAAUUGUAUGCCCGCGCAUACAAAGAACCGAUGAGGGUUAAUGCAUGUAAAUUUCUUGUUAAACCUAAUGAAUUUGGUCUUUCUUUGAGUAAAUCAUCACGAUAUUCAAAAUUGCAUAUUACUUAAAGUAAUGAAAUUCAAAAACGAUACGGUCGAAGCGUGAUGAGCCAAACGACUGCAAAAUCUAUUAUUCGCGAAAAGAAGAUAAUAAUAAUUUUUAAUUAUAAUAAUUUUUGAGCGGCUUCAAGGAACCAAGUGAUUGAUUCGAUUUUUUUCUUCACAUUAAAAAGCUGGUCGAAUUGAAAUCAACCAUCAACGAAAAACGAACAGAAAUAGUCAAUCGCAAAGGUUUUAUAUUCCACAAUAUAGAUGCAAUACAUGUUGGUGCCUUCGCCAAAAAUGUUGAGAGCUUGUAUGGGUACUUUUGAUACACUUACCAUAUUGCCCUGACGUUACACUAUUAGAUUACCUUUUGUUUCAAUUUUUGAAGGAUUGGUAAAAAAAUUAAGGAAAAUGUAAUCGAGAUUGGUUUAGUAUUUUAAGAUAAAAACCCGAAGAUCAAUGUCCAACGAAUCCUAAAAGUGGGAGAAAGAAGCCAAAAGCUCAUAGGAUAAAAUAAAAUAUAUAGCGCCGAUAAACCUUCAUUCAAAGUAUUUAAAAAACGUUAUUUACAUUCAAUUUAAAAUACCGUGACUACUUAUGAAACAACUUAAUAGUAUAGAAUUUAAUGUUUACUCAAUCAGAUGAUAUAGAAUUUGCAAUAAUUUAUAAAUAAAAGUACGACUAGAUAAAAACUGAAGAUGAAAAUAUAUUCGGUUUUUAAUAUCUGUUUGAGUCAUGCAAAAAUAAAACAGUAGAAUCAUUCCUCUCAAAAGGAUUAAGAGAUUUUUGUAAUAAGAUAUUUAUUCUAUGAAAAACAUGCUACCGACCAGAAUGAACUAUAAAAUUAUUAUUGUAUCUAGAUAUAAAGGGAAUAGAACCUCUCAGUCAUUCGUGCAUUAAUACUAAAUGAGCUGAUACAAUAUGUGUAAACAAAUAUUAGUCGAAAUGUUCAACAUGCUCGUACCUAUUUGAUAUACAAUGCAUACUAUAUUUUAUAAUAAACUAAGCACAGUAAUAACAGAAAGCUAGGACCAUUUUUUUCGGCCAUAUACAAUGUGUAAAGAUGAGAUAAAAUGUAAAACUUGUUGUUUUCAACAAUUAGGCGUAAUAUGAAUUGUGGUUAAAUUCUGUUCGUUUACUCGAAUGUAAAUUGCAUUACAUUAUUCAAUUUGGCUUGGAGAUUAUUAAAUUUUAUUUGGUUGAAAAGCAGAUUUGGCGCAGGAUAGGUUUAAUUUUUCACAUACUUCAGAUAAUUUCAUUCGUAUAAAGUCGUAUUUAUCCGACCGCGUCCAUAAUUUUAGAAAAAAAAAUCAAUUUUAGUUCUGAAACUCAUGACGAUUUCUUGCAUGGAGCCCCUAUAAAGAAAUAGCUAUAAGUUUCUAAACCCAAAUUUGACGAAUAUAAAAAAAACUUCUCUUUGCUUGUAUUCUAAUGUUUUGAGAAGUUAGAUUAUUAUUUCUAAUAGAAAAUUAUGUUUCAGAAACUAUUAAAGCAAAUAAUUUCAAAUUAUUUGAAAGAAUAAAUAAAAAAAUUCGUUAAAACAUUGAUACUCGAUUACUUAGAUAAAGUGACCUAUACAGAACGAUUCACAAUAGACAAUAUUUUUAGACGAAAUAUGCAGAACUAUCAGACAUAUCAAGUGCUAAGGAUUACAUUACAAUAAGUAUAAAUUCAUUCCAACCAAUAAUGAAAUUAUCGUACAUUAUUCAAUAAACCUAAGCGCUUAGUAUUUUUCAUAAUUUGAAGUGCCAAUAAUAUAACAUUUGAGCAUUUACCGUUCAAAUAUAUACAGGUAUUAGAAAUAAUAGUUUUGCAUUGGGAAGAAGCAAAACAUACGGAAGAAUAAUAUAUGAAAGUUUCAAAACAAAUCUGUCUUUGUAUCUGUCUACAAUAUCUAAUUCAUAUGUUGUAUUGGGCUUUCCUUUUUUUAGUUAUUUUCAUUAUCAUAGCCCCUAUGAAAAUCAAGAUAUCGUUAAAAUUCGCUUAUACGAAAUCGAUGAAAUUGAUAUAAAGGCUUUUGUAGUCAUGUCUUGUAUGUCAUUAUGUCCUUUUUCUUACUUAAUUACAAUUGUUCCAUUGAAUGCACAAUUGUACAGUUUACUAACUUAUUAAAACAGUUGUUU